UGGAGAGGCAGGUUGGGAGGGGAAGUCGGGGGAGGAGGCGGAAGAGUUGCUGUCGGAAGGGGGAGGAGGGAGGGGGGGAAAAGAGGAGGAGGCGGUGGAGAUCUGAGCUGAGCCGAGCAUCGAGCCAAAGGGGAGAUGAGUUUGUCUGUCCUCGGCUGAGGCUCCGGCCGGGCCUAGGGAACUGGGAGCUCGGGUUGGAGCGACACCCGUGGAAGUGGGAGGAGGUGGCUCUGGGACUUUAACCCCUUGUGGGCGCUGCGGCAGGGGAUUUAACCCUUUGUGGAUUCGGCCCCUCGGAGGCAGCGUCAUCGGGUAGUUUUAACCCCUUCGGGGCUGGGUUUAACCCGUUGGACUUUAACCUCAUCUCCUUGCCCACCAACUCCUCGAUCGUGGGGGCGCUCUGCGGGGAGGCUUGAGGUCCACCCCCUUUGCACAUUACGUACUGUUACUGCUGCUGCACCCCCUUGGACCCGCUAGCUGGCCGCGCUGUGGGCACUUAACCCUUUACUGACUUGAGCUCUCCCAAGUUGCAAUUGGAGUUUGUUUACAGAAGGACUGGCUAAAGGCGUCACUGCAGGAAUUACAGACCGAAGAGGACUCUGCUGGACAUUUUUUAAAAGAAAAGAAAAACCUCUUUUUUCCUUAAGGACUUACAGCCAAAAUUUUUCAAACUUCGAGAAGAGGACUCUAUUAGUCAUGGCCGAGCCACUCUUGUCAGAAUACCAGCACCAGCCUCAAACUAGCAACUGUACAGGUGCUGUUGCUGUUCAUGAUGAGCGGAACCCCGAUCGCCCCCCAGGCGCGGAGGAGCGGGUGCCCGAGGAGGACAGUAGGUGGCAAUCGAGAGCGUCCCCCCAGUCGGGUGGCCGUCCGGGGCAGGAGGGGGAAGGGAGCUUGGAGCCGCAGCCGCCUCUCCUGCAGACCCCCGUCUGUCCAGAACCUAGCUGCCCGCAAGCAAGCAAGAAGGGCCAGAAUGGGGACGACUUGUCCGCUGGCGGAGCCCCCCCGCCGGCGGCUGGGGGGGAACCGAGGCCCGAGGCCGAGCCUCUCGCACAGCCAUGUCAUGAUUCCGAGGCCAACAAGUUGGGGGCUCCUGCUGCAGGGGGCGAGGAGGCGUGGGGACAGCAGCAGAGACAGCUGGGCAAGAAAAAACAUAGGAGACGCCCCUCCAAGAAGAAGCGGCAUUGGAAACCGUACUACAAGCUGACUUGGGAGGAGAAGAAAAAGUUCGACGAGAAACAGAGCCUGCGAGCUUCAAGGAUUCGAGCUGAGAUGUUCGCCAAGGGCCAGCCUGUCGCACCCUAUAACACCACGCAGUUCCUCAUGGAUGAUCACGACCAAGAGGAGCCGGAUCUCAAAACCGGUCUCUACCCCAAGCGGGCCGCUGCCAAAUCCGACGACACCAGCGAUGAGGACUUCAUGGAAGAAGCGGGCGAGGAGGAUGGGGGCAGCGACGGGAUGGGAGGAGACGGCAGCGAGUUUCUGCAGCGGGACUUCUCGGAGACCUACGAGCGGUACCACGCGGAGAGUCUGCAGAACAUGAGCAAGCAGGAGCUCAUCAAGGAGUACUUGGAGCUGGAGAAGUGCCUCUCGCGCAUGGAGGACGAGAAUAACCGGCUGCGGCUGGAAAGCAAGCGGCUGGGCGGCGACGACGCGCGUGUGCGGGAGCUGGAGCUAGAGCUGGACCGGCUGCGCGCCGAGAACCUCCAGCUGCUGACGGAGAACGAACUGCACCGGCAGCAGGAGCGAGCGCCGCUGUCCAAGUUUGGAGACUAGACUGAAACUUUUUGGGGGGAGGGGGCAAAGGGGACUUUUUACAGUGAUGGAAUGUAACAUUAUACACAUGUGUAUAUAAGACAGUGGACCUUUUUAUGACAAUAAUCAGAAGAGCAAAUCCCCCCGGCUUUGGUUGGUUUGGUAAAUUUAGCUAUGAUGUAGCUUGCGUGCUUUUCUCCUGUUCUUUAAUUAUGUGAAACUGAAGGGUUGCUUUUCUUGUUUUCUUUUUAGAAGUUUUUUUUUUUUAAUGUGUAAGUAACUUGACCAAGUUAUAAUGCAUUUUUCUGUUAAAAAAUCCCCUCCUUAAACGGAGCUAUAAGGUGGCCAAAUCUGAGAACCAUUAAAUUCAUUCUAGCUAUAAUAAAUUUAAUAUUUGUAAAUGUAA